CUGCAGAGCGGCGAGCAGCGCUCACUGCACCAGAGUUCCGCUGAAGCGCAAUGCCUCGCUUUACUAUCCACAUCCGAGAUGAGUGGCUGGCAGUGCCGUGCCGGGAUACCACCAACACCAUCCAGUGGCUCGGACUCGAGGCGCUGAAACGUUACGUGAAGAAUAAACCGGACAACGGCGGCAUCGCCGAGGUGAAGGACACGCGCUUCGUUGUGCGCAGGUGUCAGGGUUCGGGGUUGUUGGACGCGGAUGACACCAUCGACGAUGUUCUGGAGGAUAAUGACUUUGUCGAGCUUGCUAUUGAAGGAGAUACCAUGUCUCCUGACUUUAUCCCGUGCCAGCCCGGGGUUUCUCAUCUUACAGCAGCAUACAGAGAACCCGAAGAUUUUAUUUCCUUGGAUGGCAACAGCCUGACGUCCACUGAUUUGGUCAAUUUAGGCAGAGGGCUCUACAAGAUACAGCUGACUCCCGAGGCAGAAACUAAAGUUGUGAAAUCCAGAGACCUUUUGGACACCAUUGUCAAGGAAAACAAAGUUGUCUAUGGAAUCACAACAGGAUUUGGCAAAUUUGCCCGAACUGUCAUUCCUGUCAGCAAGCUUAAAGAGCUUCAGGAGAACCUGGUGCGAUCACACUCAGCAGGUGUUGGAAACCCCUUAAGCCCGGAGAGGACCCGCAUGUUGCUCGCUCUGAGGAUUAAUGUUCUGGCCAAAGGUCAUAGUGGGAUUUCUCUGGAAACCCUUCAUGCCAUGAUCCAAGCCUUCAACGCUUCCUGCCUUUCCUUCGUCCCAGAGAAGGGAACGGUGGGAGCUAGUGGAGACCUGGCGCCGCUCUCUCACUUGGCCCUGGGGCUGAUGGGAGAGGGUAAAAUGUGGUCUCCUAAGAGCGGAUGGGCUGACGCCAAAUAUGUUCUCGAGGCCCAUGGACUAAAGCCAAUAUCCCUAAGGCCUAAAGAGGGCCUUGCUCUAAUCAACGGGACGCAGAUGAUCACGUCUUUGGGAGCGGAGGCCGUGGAGCGAGCUCAGGCGAUCGCCAGGCAGGCCGACAUCAUCGCUGCUCUCACUCUGGAGGUGCUGAAGGGAACCACCAAGGCUUUUGACAGUGACAUCCAUAAGCUCCGGCCUCAUCCGGGACAGAUAGAAGUGGCCCAGCGCUUCCGGUCGCUGCUGGACUCUGAUCACCAUCCAUCUGAGAUUGCAGAGAGCCACCGCUUCUGUGACAGAGUCCAGGACGCCUACACCAUGCGAUGCUGUCCUCAGGUUCACGGAGUCGUCAACGACACGAUAACAUUUGUUCAGAACAUCAUCAACACAGAAAUCAACAGUGCCACUGACAAUCCUAUGGUGUUUGCUGAACGAGGUGAGACCAUUUCAGGCGGGAACUUCCAUGGAGAAUAUCCAGCCAAGGCUCUAGACUUUUUAGCAAUUGGAGUCCAUGAGCUGGCCUCGAUCAGUGAGCGGAGGAUUGAGAGGUUGUGUAACCCUUCUCUGAGUGAGCUGCCGGCCUUUCUCGUCAACGAGGGAGGACUCAACUCAGGAUUCAUGAUUGCCCACUGUACUGCUGCCUCCUUGGUUUCAGAGAAUAAGGUUUUGUGUCACCCAUCUUCUGUGGACUCCCUGUCCACGAGUGCUGCCACAGAGGAUCACGUGUCUAUGGGAGGCUGGGCUGCUAGGAAGUCCCUGCGGGUCAUAGAGCAUGUGGAGCAAGUUCUUGCGAUAGAGCUACUGGCGGCCUGUCAGGGUAUCGAGUUCCUCCGCCCACUCCGCACCACCACUCCACUAGAGAAGGUCUAUGAACUUGUGCGUAGCGUUGUCAAACCGUGGAUUAAAGACAGAUUCAUGUCUCCGGACAUCGAAGCCGUCCACCGUCUCAUACUUGACCAGAAGGUGUGGCACGUGGCCAAACCAUAUAUUGACAAGUAUCAGACAGAGUACAUCCCCGAGUCCCGCCCCGUUUCUCCCACCGCCUUCUCCCUGGAGUCUCCGGCGUCGCCGAGGAAACGCGUUCGCCUUGAGUGAACCCAUGUUCAUGUUUAUACAUUUACUGAGAUGUUUGUGAAUUUGAAUGAAAACCACAAUGUUAUAAUAUCGAUUUAAAGAAACAUUUUGCUUACACUGUGUCACAAAAAGAAACCCUUCAUAUAUACACACAUACACUCAGUGGCCACUAAAAUGACACCAGUAAAAUCUAACGGGACAGUCUAACCAUUUUUAACAUUCUUUGACAAAGAUAAUGUUUAAUUUUGACACUAUGAGAGAGAGAGAUAGCAGUUUAACUAUAUAUUUAUAACUGAGGUUCUGUAGUGGUGUUGAACUUUGUAAUGUUUUGCCUUUUUCAAACAUUUGGGAAGAACAUGUUCAACUGUAUAGAUGUACAUAAGUGGCUAUGGAGUGUAUAUUUCUUUAGUAAUUACUGUGUUGAAUGUCAGCAUAUUUCACUGCCUUUUUUUUAAUGUCCUAUCAAAUUAAAUAGUUUUCUUCACAUUACUACCUCAGCCAUUUACAUGUUCAAUUUUUAAAUAAUGUAGCGCAAACAUUUCCAUGAUUAACUGCUGUUUGUCUGUUGCAAUUAUAUAAAAUCUUAAAUGAU